AAUUCAUCCCUUUAUAAGAUAUAUAUAGAUAUAGAUAUAGAUAUAGAUAUAUAAGAAAACAGGAAGCUCGACCAAUCUAUCAGAAGAUAAGAAAAGAAGAACAAAUGGGCCACCAUUCUUGCUGCAACCAACAGAAGGUUAAAAGAGGGCUUUGGUCACCUGAAGAAGAUGAAAAGCUCAUCAGAUAUAUCACCACUCACGGCUAUGGCUGCUGGAGCGAAGUCCCUGAUAAAGCUGGGCUUCAAAGAUGUGGUAAAAGCUGCCGCUUGAGAUGGAUCAACUACUUGAGGCCAGACAUAAGGAGAGGGAGAUUCAGUCCAGAGGAGGAGAAGUUGAUUAUCAGUCUCCAUGGGGCUGUAGGCAACAGAUGGGCUCACAUUGCCAGUCACUUGCCUGGAAGAACAGACAACGAGAUAAAGAACUACUGGAACUCUUGGAUCAAAAAGAAGAUACGAAAGCCAGCACCGUCCCCGCCGACGGCAACCGGAAAACCAAACCCCCACUAUCGCCAUCCUCAAUUUGGUUACACUACCGCCAACCCAGACAACCUCUUGAAUCAUCAUCAAGAUUUGGUGGCAAACAUUCCCGCUCAAGACGCGGUCUUCACUUCUCCCGGCCCUUUCUUCACCUUCGACGCCAGUUCGCUCGAGGCAAUUGGCGAGCUGGGCGGCGUGAACUCAGAAAAUAAUUGGCAUAUGAUCGGCCAAGAACAAGUUCAAGUGCUUCCGCCUCUGGCAUCGUUUACAACCAACAUGGAGUACUCGAACAACAACUUGGCUUCCAUAGACGACAUUGGAAGCAUGGAAUUGCAGGCUUGCAGUGGCUCCAAUGAGUGUUUACAGAGGCAAGAGUUGGACGAAUGGGUUGAAGCCGGGCAGCACUGCCCGAGUUUUCUGUUUUGGGAGCAUUCUGAAGGAUUAGUAAUGGAUGGUGAUCAGGAAGAUGCAGCAGGUUCGCCCAAACUGGGGGCGAUGCUUUCUUCUUUUCCUUCAUCUUUUCGAGAUGUUAAUGAUGCUGAACACUGAAGCCAUUUCUUUUUAUAAGUUUCUUUUUGGUUGUGAAUUUAAUUUGUUCCUUAAUUAUACUUACUUUAUAAUGGGGGAAAAUGAGAAGUUGAGAAAUUCCAUGAACAUUGAUGUGAAGUUUGUCGUGCAAAGGAAACGGAAGGAAAGGGAUAAAUGGAAGGCAAUAAAUAGGUAGUGACAAUGGUUUGUAAUUAAAUCAUGAUGAUUUCAUAGUAGGUUGCUAUC